UGAGUGCGAGGAUUCAAUCCUUCACAAAAAUAUCUUAAGAAUGACUCCAGCUCAGUUUGCAUUCUUAUUAGAAAAAGUACGCCCCUAUAUUAGCAAGCAGGAUGCAAAAUUCAGGAACUGCAUAGGAGCUGCGGAACGGCUGCAGCUGACAUUGCGAUAUCUAUCCACUGGUGAAACCCAAAGGUCACUUCAAUUGCCGUUCCGAAUUCAGCAGUCAACCAUUUCCAGAAUUUUAAAGGAAUCAAUUCCCGCAAUAUAUUUGGCGUUAAGGGAGGAGUAUUUGAAAUUCCCUGCAAGUGAGCAAGAUUGGCGUGAUAUUGCAAAAGACUUUUAUCAGAUGUGGGGAUUCCCGAACUGCAUCGGCGCUUUAGAUGGUAAACUAACAAUUAACACUUUUAAAUUCACUCAACUGAUGAAACGUCUCAGGAAGCAUUGCAGAAUACUGCCAGUGAGGAAAGCAGGAUCUACGCGUUGUUGA